AUGACUACUACUAGUGUCGCUGACUUUUCACCCUCUUACGAAGACGAAGAAAAAGAUCCGGAAUCUGGUUCGCUUGAUAUAGUCGAAUCUUCGUUGGAUGGUCUAACUAUGGAUACAACAGCACAAGAUAGUAACGAACACAAAGAACCACAAUCAGAAUUACCCGUCUCAUCAUCAGCACCACCAUCAGCCAGAAGAGGAAGAAGAGCAAAACGUAAUGAACUAACGGAAGUAAAAACACAACCUGUACCUCCUGCACCUUCUACAAAUAGUCGCCCACGCCGUUCACGACAAACUAGAAAAACAAUGCAGUAUGAUGAACUGAUUACGCAACCACAACAUCGAUCAGCAACUGAAGUUAAUCAUAUCACAAAAACAAAAGCUCCACGAAGCUAUUCAACAGAAAUCAACGAUAACGGUGGAGUGCCAGUUCGAUAUGAAAUAUCCGACGUUGUUUGGGGAAAAGUGUCUGGCUCUCCAUGGUGGCCUUGUCUGGUAGUCGCAGAUCCAACUGAUCCACAACAGUCACAUACAAAAAUUGUUGGUAAUCAACGUCCAAAACGAUCUUAUUUUGUCGUAUUUUAUGGUUCAACAGCUGAUUUUGCUUGGCUAGGUGAUUCAUCAAUUAUUUAUUUUAAAGGUGUGGAAGAAUUUACAAAAUAUGCACAAGAAGUUGUCGACCAGGCACAAACAAAAUCAAUGAAAGAACAACUAACUGAACGUUUUCAGUUAAAAAUAACUAUUGGCCGACGUGAUGAUUGGGAAAUGGCUGUUAGUGAGGCGAAUGAAGCUCUAAAUCAAUCACCAGCACAACGGUUGCAAGAAAUGGAACCAAAAUUUGAUUUUUAUACACAGAAAAUUGGUCCAAAAGGAAAUAAACGUAAAUUAACAGCACCAAGCACAACAUCAAAAUCAGAAGAUAUAAAAUCAUUAACACUGCCGGAUAAUAAAUCAUUGGCUGAAAAAGCGGAGAAAACCUUUGAAUUUAAAGAUGAUGAUAACGAUUCAGUAACUGAUAUAAUAACGAAACCGUCACCGCUUCAUGUUAAAAAUUCACCGAAAACAGUUAAUCAACAAUCUCAGCAAUAUCCAUUAAAUGAUAAUCAACAAGAAGCUCCAGCCAGUAAACGUAGACGGAAGUUAAAUAUCAAACCCAUUGAGAAAAGUACACAGGAUAGUGAAACAACAGUAACAAAACGACGAAAUAAUCGAAAAAAUUCUUUACCAACAACAAUUGUCGGACGAACCGCUAACGGAAGUACUGUGUCAUAUCAGCAACGUCGUUCUUCGGUUAGAGAUGGUUUACGAAACAAUAACAAUGUGAAUUCAGCUACUUCUGAUUCGACGAACUCGACACCGUUAUUGUCUAACGCAAAAUCAUCAACAUCAAGAAAAAGUAAUGAACAGCAACAAAAACCCACGAAAAGUGCAAUGAAGAAAGCAACUCAAAUGUCACAAAAUCAUUCGAUUGAUGAUCAAACACAAUCAUCUGAAGUAAAUCCUUCAUCAAGUGCUGUAAAUGAUUUUCACACAUUUCAAACCGUCAGUCCAACCGUGACAAAAAAAUUCAUUGCUCGAAGAUCGCAACUACCAAACACAGUGAAAGAUGAACCAAGGACUAUCCAGGUAAAAGAAUAUACAUUAUACUAUUAUUUGAUACUUUCUUUAUUUUGAACAGGGUGGUUCAAAAGUGGCUUUACUGGAGAAAAAUUUGAAUAUCAGCGCCAUCUUUGGAGCAAACGAACUGAUUUUUUUUACCGCUGAUAGAGGAGUGUUUAUAGGUCAUAUCCAUAAGAAAAAUGUUUAAAAGAACUGUUUUGAAGUAUUAUUGUUGACUUCAAUAAAAAGUGUAACCUUAAACGAGUUACGAAAAACAGUAUUGCAGUUUUCUCAACGAAUCCUAGCUGUUUACAGUUGAAACUUCAGGGUACACUGAGUAACAAGACAUGCAUCUAUGGUAUAAAUUUGAGACUCAACAACAAUAGUUUGAAGAAUCAAUCGAAAAAUAUAAUAUAUAUAACAUAUCGUUUUUUUUUUUGUUAAGGAAAUAAAUUGGUUCCUUACCUAUCAUAGGUCAGUUUUUUUAUUGAAAUCAAGUGUAUACUGUGAGGCAGCAUUUUUAAACGUUUUUCUUAUGGAUAUGACCUGUGAACACUCCUCUAUCAGCGGUAAAAAAACCCAGUUAAUUUGGUCCAAAGAUGGCGCAGAUAUUCAAAUUUUUUUUCAGUAAAGCCACUUUUGCACCACCCUGAGUAUUAUUAUUCUCUUAGAAAUCUCUUUUUGGCUGUAGUUGCCAACAGUGUUAUAAUGAACUUUGCCAAUAUAUGGGC